UUGCCGCCGCUUUAUGAACACUGGACCUGCAAAACGGUGCGUUUUGGUGGAAGCUCAGUGCUAGACGAAGAUGGCGUUUCCAGCUGCAACGACGACUCAGCACGAGCAAUUAAUGGUCCAGAAUGAGGUCUUCCGGAUAUACAACAGCAUCGAGAGCCUCCCCCGUAACGCCAAAAGACCAUGGUGGGAACUUCGGCGGGAUCAGCACAUUGGGUACUUGAUGAGAGGUCUUAGAGGCCUCCCUGCUCCGUUUAAGUCUUUGGAUGCUAACCGACCAUGGAUGUGUUACUGGAUUUUACACUCAUUGGCUUUACUUGGGGAAUCAGUGGAGGAUGAUUUGGAGAAUAGAACCAUUGACUUCCUUAACAUUUGUCAGGACCCGAAUGGUGGAUAUGGUGGUGGACCUGGACAGAUGCCACAUCUUGCAACAACUUAUGCUGCAGUCAAUGCACUGAUUACUCUGGCCGAUCACGAAGCUCUUUCAUCAAUUAAUAGACAUGAACUGUACAAAUUUCUGCGGCGAAUGAAACAACCAAAUGGGGGCUUCAGGAUGCAUGAUGCUGGAGAAAUUGAUGUUCGGGCUAGCUACACUGCCAUUUCUACUGCAAGUCUUUUGAACAUUUUGGAUCAUGAACUGGUUGAUAAUGUUGGUAACUACAUCUUAAGUUGCCAGACAUAUGAAGGUGGUAUAUCUGGUGAACCUGGUUCUGAAGCUCAUGGUGGGUACACCUUUUGUGGGCUGGCAACUAUGAUUCUGAUUGAUGAGGUCAAUCGUUUGGACUUGUCUAGACUAAUUGAUUGGUUGGUCUUUCGACAUGGGAUUGAAUUAGGAUUUCAGGGGAGGACUAAUAAAUUGGUUGAUGGUUGCUACUCUUUUUGGCAGGGAGGUGCUUUUGCAUUAUUACAAAGAAUACCUUCAGUACGUGAGGAGCAAACUGAGCUCCCAGAUGCCAGAUGUCGUACCUCACAUAGUUCGAAAACAUCUCAUAUAUCUGAAGUGGACAAAAUUUAUGAAGGCACUUCAUCUCAGGUUGAUGUCGCUGGGGCUUUUAGGCAGGAAGGGUUGAAUAUUCCAUCUCCAGUGAAUUACAAUGAUAUUGGAUAUGAUUUUAUCAACAGAAGCCUCAAAAUGGAGCCGCUUUUCAAUUCUGUUGCAUUACAGCAGUACAUACUUUUAUGCACACAGGCAGAGAAUGGUGGACUGAGAGACAAACCAGGCAAAAAUCAAGAUUUUUAUCACACAUGUUAUUGCCUAAGUGGUCUCUCUGUAUGUCAACAUAUGGGCUCAGACGUCAAUUCUCCAGUUCCUAAUGCAGUUGCGGGUCCUUAUUCCAAUCUGUUGGAGCCAAUUCAUCCCCUCUUCAACGUUGUCUUAGAUAAGUACCAUGAAGCGCGAGAAUUUUUUACAACACCCUAGGCACUGUCGAACUUAGAGGGUUCUCUAUUAGCUUGAAAAUGCAUGUUGUGUACAGUGUAACAAUCAAAUGAUUUGAGGCCUUCAUCAAAUCACAAUUCCAGGACCGAAAGAGACUGGUGUACUAAAGUUAUACAUUACUGUUAUGAAUAACUCUCACUCUUAUAUCACUACAGUG